CCACCAGCCAGGUUGUUGGCGAGUUAGACCUCCCAGCCUCACGGGGCUGCUGUGCGGCUGCGGAGAAGCUGGCGACUGCGGCGCUGCAGCAGAGGCAAAGGCUCCAGAGGCGGCGCCACGGGCAGGUGAUUGCAUCCGGAAGUGCCCAUGACAGAGCUGGUGUCCUCUAGGGGAGAGUCCCCUACAGGGGACUGGGAGGAGGGUCUGGGGGAGGAUCAAGGCCUGGUUAUCCACCACCCAGCAGAGGAACAGUCCCACCGCUGUCCACUGUGUGGGCAGACCUUCUCCCAGCAGCCCAGCCUGGUGAGGCACCAGAAGGCUCACGUUGGGGCAGGCCGUGCAGCUGCCUUCGUGUGUCCCGAGUGUGGCAAGGCCUUCAGCGUCAAACAUAACCUGGAGGUGCACCAGCGCACACACACAGGCGAGCGGCCCUUCCCCUGCCCCGAGUGUGGGCGCUGCUUCAGCCUCAAGCAGAACCUGCUCACGCACCAGCGCAUCCACAGCGGCGAGAAGCCACACCAGUGCGCACAGUGCGGUCGCUGCUUCCGCGAGCCACGCUUCCUGCUCAACCACCAGCGCACCCACACGCGCAUGCCCACUCCGCACCCACGCCGUCCGGGUGUCUUCGGGGAGCGGAGACCCUAUUUCUGCCCCCGCUGUGGCAAGAGCUUCGCGCGUGAGGGCUCGCUCAAGACCCACCAGCGAAGCCAUGGCCACGGGCCUGAGAGCCAGGCGACCCAUUUAAGCCACGUGCUAUGACCUGUGGGAGACCUGCCACCAUCAGCUGCCUCCAAUCCGGGAGACACAUCCAAGGGUGCUGAAUUGUGGUCCCUUCUCUGGAUGGGCUCCUGGAGAGGGGCAGGGCCAGACUGAGGUGUUAAAAGGCCUUGGGCUACCCCCUUUCUUUCCUUCCCCUGGACCCUUUGGCCAGCUGCAUGCAUCUGCUUUGGCCACCUGUGUUGGUUUGCCUCCUCAGGCUCCUGCUGCCUA